AUGUCGAAAUUCAACAUUGUGAUAUUUGGAGGAGUGGAUGGUUUCUCCAGGAAGAUAAUGUACUUGAAUGCAGCCACAAAUAACUGUGCAUCAACGGCAUUUCACUUCUUCCUUGAGGCAACUCACCUGCAUGGUUUACCUUCAAGGGUAAGAGCUGACCAGGGAGUGGAGAACGUGGACAUUGCCCAGUUUAUGUUCACUGUCCGAGGCACUGAUAGGGGAAGCUUCAUCUCGGGAAAAAGUGUGCACAACCAAAGGAUAGAACGAUUAUGGCGAGAUGUGUGGAUCUCAGUAUCAUCGAAGUACUACAAUCUUCUGCACUCCCUUGAAGAAGAUGACCUCUUGGACAUUUCAUGUACAGAUGACAUAUUCUGUGUGCAUUAUGCAAUUCUUCCAAGACUCAAAAGAGACUUGGAGAUAUUCACUGAAGUCUGGAACCACCAUCCACUACGCACUGAAGGAAACCGGAGUCCGACACAGAUUUGGGAAAUUGCUCGGAUGCUAAACACCAAUGUACAUUCAGAGAACUUUGCAGACUUUCAAGAGCCAGACAUUGACUGGGACACGGCUGUUGACUUUGAUGGCCCUGACUCAGAAACUGGUGUUAUAGUGCCUGAAUACGAGUGCCCUCUGACUGAAGAGGAGAUGACGGAACUCCAAUCUUUGGUUGAUCAAGCUCAUCCAAACAUUACUGAUGAAGAGCUAUACAUUCUCUGCUAUCAACACAUAAAACAGCUGUGGACACACAGUUAA